CGAACGGAAUUGUGGGAAGGGGGACCAGACUAGAGAUUAACGGAAUAUUUGUACUCUAUUUGUAUUAUAAUCUUUUACUGGCUAUUAUGAGAUAGAAUUAUUCAUGAAAUAUACAUGAAAUGUGCUUAUAAGAAUUCAAUUGACAAGGAUCUAAGAUUUUAAUAUAUUUAUUAUGACGGAAAAUGACGGAAAUUACCGAAGUAGGACAGUAAAAACAAUAUGGCGGGAUGCGUUGAACCAAAUUGAACGAAGGUUUUUUGCUAUCGAUUUUUGUGUGUAAUAAUGCUUUGAAAAUGACAUGACAUAUAUGUAGUACUAAACCUGUGGUAAUAUUCAUCCAACUGCAAAAACCAUGUGUGACCAUUGUGCGGAAGUUCUUCAGCUUAUCGACACUUAUGAAGAACGAUGCCAUGUAGGGGGGUUCCAUAUGAACAAGAGAGAGGUCCUUUCCUUUGUCAGCUAUGCAAACACAUGGCCCCAAAGACAGUGCAUGUGCUGUUUCAAGAACUUGAAGAACUUUGAGAAACUGAACAACAUGGUUCAAGUGAUAUGUAGUGUAGCUAUCAGAGUUAUUCAAACCAUGCCCGAGGACUUUGACAAAGAACAACAAAAGGAAAAGGAGAUUAAAAGUGGGAAGAAAAAAGAGAAGAGUCCCGAGGUGAAAGAGGGGGAAGUAACUGUGCUAGCUGUAGAUGAGGGUAAAGCAGGCGAGACAGAGGUUGCCAUGGAUACUGACGAUGACUCUGAGGAUCCAGAGAGAUGGACAAUGGAAGAAAAGGAAAAACUACUUCAUUUUGUCACCAAAAUCUUUCUCCUAAACUUCCCUUCCUACAUGGCAUACAAACACAUGUACCACUCAUCCCUCGAGGAGCUAUCUCAACAAGAAACGAGUGCAUUGAACAACUAUUGUGAAGUGUCGGACCCUGAAGUACCUUUGUUUCUGCUUAGGAAUGUGUGCUUUUUCUGUGACAGCAAUGGGAUUGGAGCCUUAAAACAAUGCUUUGAGAAGGCCACCCCAGACUCCCUGCCCUUCACGUUUGCCCACAUUCUCAUCACACUUAUUGCAAAUUUGCGGCUUUGGAUGAACAUCCCUACAGUGAUGCAAUACAUUGUCCCUCUGAGAACUGUAGUCAUAAGGUACAUGUGCAAAUUGUCUGAUAAAGACCUCAGAAUGGCUGGGAACCGGAAUAUGACAGAGCUGAUGUGGGCUGCUGUGAAGGAACCACUGGAAACUCACUUCCAGUUUGACAAGGAGGGUCUAGAUCUGGCCUUCAAAUACUUCACCUGUUCCACCCUGACCAUAAGGCUGGCAGGAAUAGCCCAAAUCAAUAAUCAAAUUAACCUGUACAAUGAAAGUUGUAACAAUGAAACCCUGAUGGACACUGAAAGCUAUGUGGAGAGGGUGGGACACCAGUUGUCACAAUGGCUAUUGGACAAUAAAAUCAUUGAACACAUCUUUGGUCCAAAUCUUCACAUUGAGAUAAUAAAACAAAGCCAGUUGAUAUUAAACCUGCUAGCUGUGGAAGGAAAGAUAACAAAUGAUCAUAUUGACUGUAUAUGGGCCUCAAGUCAGUUAAAGCACUGCAGUAAACAAGUGUAUGAUAUCCUGAUUCCACUGAUAAAGAACCUGGAACUCCACCCGGUGCAGCACCUCUUAAAUCUGGUAUCUGCCCUAGAACCGACGGCUCACAAUGAAUCGACGCUGUACCUGGCCUCGGCCCUGGUGAAGUGUGUGUGGAACACAUGUGCAAUCAGCCAGUCGUCAGGUCACCAUCACGGCCCCCUCCCAGCCACACUGGCCUCGCUACAACAUGAGGAGGAUGAACUUCAUCACGCAGGCAAGGUGGGAAAACAUGAGCUGAGCAGCAGUGACAGCAUUCAGGUGUCUGAUGACGAGGGACAUUUACAGCUAGUAGAUGUGCAAGUCCGAUCCCCCAAGAAAGUCCAAAAACUGAUCAUAAGACACGGAAGAAUUCACAAACAUCACCAUGGUCACUGUUGUCAUGGCGACCAUGAAGAUGACUCGGAUGAGGAAUGUCAUGUUCACAGUGAUGGGAGCGAGGCAGAUUCUGACUGUGAAAGACAUGUUCCUCAUCCUAGAAGGGUCCCACAUGUGGGUCACGACACAGAUGGCAGUGAAAGUGAGGUUGAUGAGGAAUCCAGUGAGGAAGAAGAGUUAGAGGAAGGUGAAAUAUUACAAAACGGGCUCAAUCAGCAGAGGAUGAUGGGGGUCCAGAGGCAGGGAAGGUUCGUGAAAGGUCGGCCUCGCUUUCAUCCCCAGGGGACCCAGGCCUCCUCAGAGGAAGAGGAGGAGGAAGAUGACUCAGAGUUCAUAGACUCGGAAGAGGAGGAGCACCUGAAGGAAGCUAGGAUUGUUCAAAUGAAACACAUGCAACAACAGCAAUCACAAGAGAGUGAGGAGAGCUCGGAGUUUGAGGAUGCUUUGCAUGAUGGGAAAAUGAGUCAUCAGAUGGCCCAGAAGAUCUUACAGAAGCACCAUUUACAGGAACAUCGCCGGCAGAUACAGCUGCAACACAGCCGGCAGAGGCGGAGGAGAAUGGCUGGGGAUCUGAAAGACAGCCCAGUGAAAAAAGAUAGGAAGGACGUUGGAGGGAAGGAAAUAGGACAGGGGGAUACAGAGGAGGAUCCGAAAUCCACAGGAGUGGGGGGAUCAGCUGAGAAAGGCUCAGAGGAAUCAGCAGCAGGGGAUUCGGGUACAAAACAGAAAAUUGAAGAGACCGAGUCUGAUUCGCUCACUAAUGCACUUGAACGUGGACACAGCAAGGAACAAGAAACCGAGAUAUUCGACUGCACUCAGAUACUACAGUCAGCUCAAAGGAAAAAGAAGCCGAUGGGAGAGGGGGAAGAGGUUGAUGACAUCAUGUCUCCUGAUGAUGGUGAGGGGAGUUGUCAUAGCUCUCGAAUGAGCACAAAGUCCGAAAAGAACAUGGCAGACUUUGAAGGGGAGGAUUUUAUAAGUGAUGAAGAGUUGGCUCGAAUUAAUGGCCCAUAUAAUCAACACCAAAUGCAACAGCACCUGUCCAAUUUGGCUUCCAUGUAUCAAACUCACCUUCCUCACGGCAAAGUUCUGCACCACCGCCCUUCAGCCAAAGAAACCAGCCUGACAUCCUGUUCUGAAUUUUCCAUUGAUAAUGUGUGUCAGAAAGGCAGCACUCUUUUAUGGGAUCUGGUCCAGGAGGACACCUGCAACUUGCUCCCAGAUGGAUUGGCUAAUGAGGCAGAAAAGGCUCUGUGUACUUUGGUGUGUUAUUCCACAGAUCGCAGAAUUCGAAUGAAAUUCAUUGAAGCAUGUAUAGAAAAUUUAGCACAUAACAGGUCAGUUGUUGUUUCUCUGCGACUCUUACCAAAAGUGUUCAGCUCUUUCCAGCAAUUCAGAGGCGGGUUGGAUACACAUCACGUCACUCUGUGGGCAGAAAAAGAAUUGAACAUGAUGUCACAUUUCUUCAUAAAUCUAGUCCACUACACAGAAAAGGUCCAAGCUGGAGAGAGAAAUCCCAUGUACAGCCACAAAGAGGAAAUUCAAGUGAGGCUGCUGUUUUUGACCUGUGUGUUUUCCUCCAUAGUGUCUCCUGAUGGCUUCCGUUUGAAUUUGGAACAAGUGGACACACUAUGGCGAUGUGUUGCCUUGGAUGAGGAAUGCUCUGACGACUGCCUAAACUGGUUCCUUAAUCAGGCUAAGAGCAAAGAUCAUCAUGCUCUCUGUCUGGAAACUUUCAAACAUAUAUUCUUAGGAAAGAUGCCCCAGUUAAAGGCGGAAUCAAUGAGUAUGGUGGGUCUUAAUUUGUUCCAACAACUGUCUCAUCUCACUCGCAUGGCCAACUCCUCCUUCGAUGAGCAGCUCUCUGAGGAUCAGGUGUGUGGUAUGGACCAACUUUGGAGUAUUGCUCUGAGGGCUGAUAACACUGAUGUCAGUAUAACAGCCAUACAGAACCUCAACAAUUAUUACAUCAACUACGGUAAUGGACACCUGGAGAAGGAAGCAGAAUUUAUACAGCACUGCAUGGACAAUCUCACUAAUGCGCUUAAGGACGUAGAAUCGAAUCCAGAGACACAUUUACUUGUAAUCCAGAGAGGUCUGGUUCUCCUUAAAAACCACUUGGAGGCCUUCCGCAAGCGGUACGCAUACCACCUGAGGAACUGGCAGAUUGAGGGGAAGGGGAUCCGCAGUCACCAGAGGAAUGUGCAGGACAAGCAGUGCAGCCCUCUACGCCUGGUGUUGCAGCCAGCGGGCAUGGCCGACAAGACACAGCUAGAAAUGGUGUCCACUGACUUGGUAGCUGAGCUCCGGUCAGAAGUGGCACGGUGGUGGGAUGGACUACACAAACAACAGAUGGCCAAGCAUCAGGCAGAGAGUGGAAGUCAUGGCAACGCCAUGUUGUCGCCCAUUCUUGGUGCCAUGCUAGGUGAUGGACCAAUCCGAAUGAUUACUCUAGGCCAAGAAUUAACCGUGGACAUGGACGAGAAGUCGUUAGGGGAAUUGCAAUUCAAAGAUAACCAGCUGGUGUUUGUGUCAGUUGGAGCAAGCCGUCCUCCAAGAAAAACAGACGGCAGUUUGUCCUCCUCCAGCCUGCCCUGUCCAGUGCUCGAGAGACUACCAGUCAUGUUGCUGAUCACUGAACCUCACUUCAACAAACUGUUUCUUCUUCUGGAGCAACUCAGCAAAUUAAAGCUCACGAUUCCCUCCAUGGAAAGCCAAGAGCGGUGGGGACUACAGACCAAAGCUCGGGUUUUGUCUCGGAAGGUGUGGGAGCUACUGAUGUUACUGCCCACCAAUCAGAACAUGUGGGACGGGUUCAAGAGUCUGGUGUCGGAGGAGUGCAAUGAACAGACUGUGAUUUGGGACAAACUGCUGGAUUCCCAGAGUCCUCACAAAUUAAUGUACUCCUUACAGAUAGUGGAGGCUCUCUCCCGUGGAAUGAAAUACCGCAGGAGAUCUAUUAUGAGAUCAGGAGGUGGAGACUCUAGAACCACAAGCACAGACUCCGAGUUUGACACACAGGACGAGGAGAUUUGGAGCAUGAAGUUCAUCUCUAAAGGUGGAUUAAAGCACUUGUUGAACAUCUUUAAGUGUGGGAGUCUGCAAGCUCAGGAAGAAGAAGCCUGGAGCCAGUGGAACCAGGAGUGCCUGGCAUACCUGCUGCGUUUGAUUAGCCAGUUCUCAGUGGAGCUGUCUGAUGCGGAGGCCGGCCAUGAUGAUGUGUUUGAGUCGUAUGAGAGUCCCAGGAAGAAAAUGAAGAGACACAAGGGUGGCAGUGAGAGGAUUAUCAUACCCAGGCUUAACCAGUCCACCCUGGCUAUGCUGAACAUUGAAUCUGUGUUGAAAAUCCUGAUGCAGAUCCUGUAUGAUGCUGCAGUGCCCAGUGACACGAAUCAGGUCCACACAGGAACAUGGGGAAGAGCAGAAGUGGUGCACUACUCCCUGUCUUUCCUGGUGUCCUGGGCGUACUCCUGUGAUGAAGUCAAACAGGCUCUCUGUACAUCCUCUAACUUUGUUCCCUGGCUAAAGAGACUUACUCUGCAGGCCCCAGAGCCGUUUGUCAGACGAGAGGCUUGCAUGGGAUUGUACCGCCUGUGUCUUGGUAAGACCGCUGAUGGUAAAACUGGCUACACCCUGCUGUUGCCAACCUUAGCCAGUCUGCUGACCUUCCUGGAAGAUGCACUGUCCAUAAAACCAGUGAAGAAUCUGGAGGUGGAGGGUUUGAAAGAGAAGGAGAAAGAGCCUCCAGGCCCGGGGUGUCGGGACUAUUUCUGGCUGGUGUGUCGAUUUGUGGAUAGCAUCUCCAAGGACGAUGCCAAGUCAGACUCUGACGGUAUUGUUAACCUGAAUCAGCUGGGCAAACAAGUGUCGCAGCACGUUGUAGACCGUCCAUAUUAUGAGACUCGACACGGAUUUGAAGAGGAUGAUGGUUUGAUUGGAAUUUUGAAUCUAUGUACUGCUGUUGUGAAACACAAACCUCCAUUUAAAUCAUCACCGGAGGGGCAGAAAUUCCUGGAUGAGGUUUUCUGGCUUUUGUUUGCACUACCUUCGCCAACAAAGCGUUACCUCCCGAAGUGCAAGAGUCAGACGGCACGGUCAUCAGCUUAUGAUCUCCUAGUGGAGUUUGUCAAAAGCUCCGUGGAGAACUACCUGUUUCUACACAAGAGAAUGCUGCAACAGCACACGAAAGAUUCUCACGCCCCUUACCUGUGGGAUUACUGGCCUCACGAUGAUGGUCGAUCUAAGUGUGGAUAUGUGGGGCUGACCAACCUGGGUGCCACCUGCUACAUGGCCACUUGCAUGCAACAUUUGUACAUGAUUCCUCAGGCCCGCCAGUCUGUCCUACAGGCUAAGUGUCCAAAAACUAACCGCUACGAGGGCACACUAACAGAACUCCAGAAAAUGUUUGCCUAUCUACAGGAGAGUGAGAGGAAGGCGUACAACCCCCGCAGUUUUUGUAAGACGUACAUGAUGGAUAAGCAACCGUUAAACACUGGAGAACAAAAGGACAUGACAGAGUUCUUCACGGACCUCAUCAGCAAGUUAGAAGAAAUGUCUCCAGAUAUGCAUACCCUGGUGAAAAAUCUAUUUGGAGGUGUCUUGACUAACAACGUCGUGUCCUUGGACUGCCCUCACGUGAGCAGGACCCUGGAGGAGUUCUACACCGUACGGUGCCAGGUGACGGACAUGAAGAACCUCUAUGAAUCUCUGGAUGAGGUGACAGUUAAAGACAUGCUAGAGGGAGAUAAUAUGUACACAUGCUCAAAGUGCCAAAAGAAAGUGCGAGCGGAAAAGAGAGCUUGCUUUAAGAAAUUACCCAGGAUUCUCUGCUUCAACACAAUGCGAUACACAUUUAACAUGGUGACCAUGAUGAAGGAGAAAGUGAACACCCAUUUUUCGUUUCCCCUCUGUCUUGACAUGUCACAGUAUAUGGAGAAAAAUCUCAUGGGGCCAGACAAACUUGGGGAUGAUGAUGAAGAUGACAAGUUUCUGGUACAGAGCGAGGAGGACGAUAUUUACGAAUACGAGCUGAUUGGGGUUACAGUUCACACCGGCACUGCAGACGGGGGCCAUUACUACAGUUUCAUUCGAGACAAGCUCCACAAGGCAGAGAGUGGCCAGGAUAAAUGGUAUUUAUUCAAUGAUGCUGAAGUGAAAGCAUUUGAUCCAAGUCAGAUUGCCUCAGAAUGCUUUGGUGGAGAGGUCACGAGUAAAACUUACGAUUCUGUCACGGAUAAAUUUAUGGACUUCUCAUUUGAAAAGACAAACAGUGCCUACAUGUUGUUUUAUGAGAGAAAACCUAUCAGUAGCAGAACAGAGGAAGAGAUCAAAAUCAUGGAACAGGAGCAGGCAGUCAAAUUCAACUUCGAGUUGACCAAGGAACUAGGGGAGUGGAUUUGGCAAGACAAUACACAGUUCCUACAAGACAACAACAUCUUUGAGCACACAUAUUUUGGGUUCAUGUGGCAGGUUUGUGGUUAUAUUCCCACUACUCUACCGAAGGACCCAGAAACUCAGGUGUCCCUGAAAGCUGCCCAGCUCAGCACCUCGUUUGUAUUGGAAACUCUGAUCCAUUCCAAAGAAAAGCCCACCAUGCUACAGUGGAUUGAACUUCUCACAAAGCAGUUCAACUCGUGUCCUGCUGCUUGUGAGUGGUUCUUGGAUCACAUGGCAGAAAGUGAUUGGUGGCCACAGCAAAUCCUCAUAAAGUGUCCCAAUCAGAUGGUCAGACAGAUGUUCCAGCGGUUGCUAAUACAUGUUAUAUCACAACUUAAACCAGCUCAUGUUGAAUUGUAUCUUCAGCCACUAAUUGAAAGUGAAGAUGGUGAAAUCGAUGUUUCAGAACUGGGAAGUAAAUCUUGUGUGACAAGGUUCAUAAAAAAGAUGUUGUCUAUAUUGGAUCACGGUGUGCGACCCCACAGCAAAUUUCUAACAGAGUAUUUCGCCUUCCUGCUAGAGUUUGCCAAGAUGGGAGAUGAGGAGAGUUUCUUCUUGAUUAAUGUGAAUGCGAUAUCUACAAUGGUCAACUUCUAUCUGGGACAGAAACAAGCAGAGACCUAUGUGGAGAUUCCGUCUGAUGAUGAAGAGGAGGAGGUCAUCACCAUCACAGAAGAAACUUACAAGCCCAUGUCGCUGGAGAAAAUGGUGACGUUAAUUGCCAUUCUGGUGGAAAAAUCUCGCGGAGAGAACAACCAGUUGCACGUCUCUGAUAAAGAUUACACUGCAAUCAUAGGGGGGAAGGGCUUUCCAUUCCUGUUUAAUCAGAUCCGAGACAGCAUCAAUAUUCGUCAAACUUGUAACCUGUUGUUCAGUCUUAGUCGAUGGAAUGAGCAGUUAGCCAUCGCUUUGGUUCAAAUGGUUUUUAAUGCGAUCAAGAAGUUAAAUUUUGAGCAUUCCCAGCCAUUUUUCAAACUGAUGUCCAUGUUGGUGGAGUUUGGGGCGGGACCUCCAGGCCUUCCACCUUUCACCCAGUAUGUUCUACAAAAGUUCUGGGAGCUUACGAAGUGCUGCCCACAGCCAUGUUUGGAGUGGAUGGCUGCUCAAGUGACCAGGAACCGACUGGCCAGUCAAUGGGUUCUGAGUCAGAUGGACAUCUGGGUGGAGCCUUAUCUACUGGCCAAUAACAACGCCCGGGUCAGGAGUGCCGCAGCCUGUCUGCUGACCUCUCUUGUGCCCAGCACUCACUUCAGAAACACUUUCAGACAAACCAGGAACCUCCUUAGUCCUCAUAAAGAAAUGACAAUGUCCACAGAGGCUAUUAUUGUCCUUCAUCAGAUCUAUGAACAUCUGCUGAGUCUGUUGGUCCGUGCCAGACUUUACGCAGAUGCUCAGAAUCAUGGGACCACAAAACUGAUUAGCUACUUUGCUGUGUUGACUUUCUGUUUAAUCUCGAAAACAGAAAAAUUAAUGUUCAAUAAGUACUUCCUGGACCUGUGGAAUUUAUUUCAACCCAAGCUCUGUGAGCCCCAGAUCUCCAUGCAUCACAACAAACAGGCACUUUUGUUUUUCUGGUAUCAAGUGUGCUUAGAUUGUCCGGAGAAUAUCAAAUCCAUCGUGAGCAACGCCAGUGUAUGUAAACAAAUUGCAUACAAUUACAUUCUAGCGGAUCAUGAUGACCAAGAUGUGGUAAUGUUUAAUCGCAUUAUGCUGCCGUCUUAUUAUGGUUUGCUGCGAAUGUGUUGUCACCAGUCUCGUACAUUUACACGACAGCUUGCUCAGCACCAAAACAUCCAAUGGGCCUUUAAGAACAUUUCCUGUCACCCAGCACAGUAUACAGCGGCAGUGGAAGAGUUGUUCAAGAUGAUGAAGCUCAUGGCCACGAAGUACCCUGACAGCUCAGAGGAAGAAAUCCAGGCAGUCAACCAUUUUAAGCGGACCACUAUCCGCCUGUAUCUGGAUUUCUUGGAUGCCCGUUCCGGUUGGCAGACCCUUAUUAGUGCACUGAAAAUUUUAAUUGACAAUCAAGAUGACCGAUUACUGCUGUUAUAUCACAAGGGACUGCAAAUGACCACUGAGGCAUUUAACACACUACAUGCUAUGUAUCAUGAGGCCACAGCUUGUCAUGUGACUGGAGACAUAGUGGAACUGUUGGGGAUCCUUCUACCAGUUCUCAAAGUAGCCCGGUACUAUCACGAACGGAAGGGUUCAGCCUCUAAUGACAUGAACACUGUCUUGCAAAACUGGAAAGAGAGGAUGGACUUCACCAAGAAAUUACUCACCCUCCUGAACUCUUACACCCCUCCAGAGAUUAGGAACAGUGCAAUAGAUGUUUUACGUGAAAUGGUGCUUACUUAUCAGAGUGAAUGUGUUCAUACAAUAGUUCCUGUUUUAACCCAAGUUCAUCUAGCUUUCCAAGAAAGCAACAUACCAGUGUCCUCUCCUGGACCCUAUUUUCCGAGGCGAGGCCAGAAGCCUAUUGGCCCAAAGUCUAAUAUCCGUCCACCCAGGCCACAGUUUAACAUGAUGUUACAUUCUAGUCAGAUAGAAGCCACGAAGGGUGUAGACGAAAUGUAUGAUGCUGCCUUGUCCGAGUUCUUCACCCCAUAUCAUAUGUUAGUGGAUCUCAUCUGCCGCGUGGCUGUUAAUCACCAGAGUCUUUCAGAACCCAUCAUAAACCUGAGUGCUAUGGUAGCCAUUGAAGGUGUUCCGCUGCAUUCCCCAUAUUUUGCAAAGUUAUGGUUUGAAAUCUAUCAUUCUGAGGUUGACAGAUCUUGUAUCCGGAUUCUAUGUAACUGCAGUUAUUUUAUUGAGUAUGUGGACUCAGUGUUACUAGACGAGAGGCUGUCACUGAACAAUCCCAACAUUUACCAGUUCUUCUGUAACUUCUUUCCAAAGGUUCAUCAACAGGUUCUGAGUGACCAGGGGAGAUCUCUAUUGGACAGUCUUGUGGCAUCUGUCACAGCCGAAAAAGCAGCCAUUGAAAAUGUCCGUUAUGAGAAAGAACUGAUUAGCAUAUGUCAGAGGGUGAAUGGGGACUUAAGAGCUAUGCUCUUGAUAUUCUCUGUACAACCGCCAAAGAAACUUAAUCCUUUGCUGGAAGAAAGCCUCCAUUACAUUCUUCAAGUUUGUCGUGACCACCAAAAGCAGCAGGAAGUGGAACAUCAUACCCAGCAUCCCCUCAAAAGGUCAUGUUCUGACCAAGGUCAAAGUGAAAAGGAAGAUAAAGAGCAAGAGGCACCAUCAAAGAAGCGACGUGUGAGUGCAGAUGAACAGAGUGAGGAGAAGAAGACGGAAGAAUCAGUUAAAUCCAGCGACCAGACGAAAGAUGGAGAAUUGGCCAAGUCUGAAGACCAGACGAAAGACAGACCAGCAGAGGAGUCUGAAAAAGAAUCUUCUGAUAGCAGUGUCAGGAGUAGCAGUGACUCAAGUUCAACUAAAACUGAACCUUCCCAAGAACCAGAUGACAAAUCAGGGUGUAAACAGACUACAGAGGACAGAGGGGAGGAACCCAGCACCUCGAGCCAGAGAGCAGAAUCAACAGUCUGUGAAGAAACUCCACGGAGGAAAAACGCCACAAUGGUGGACUUUGUUGCUAAACAUAUUGAAAGUUUGUUUGCUUUGAUUGAAAAGAAACAGUGAGGCCUUUGUUUUGUUCUCACAAAGUUAAUUUACGGAGAUAGUCUGACAAGCACAAUUGGAGCAAGUGAAAGGCCAUAGUAUUAGAACCAAAUCACAAAGUUCCAUAAUCAUGUCCCGAUUUCUAGCACUGGGACACCAGAAGCUCUAUCAAGAACUUAACUGUCUAUAAACUAAGACUAGACAUCUGUACAUUUCUUAUGAAAUUAUGUAACCUGGAUUCAGGUAUGAUCAUAUAUGUUUUAAGUAUAUUGCUAUAUAAGUAUUAAAAACAUGCUGUCCUAAAAAAAACCGAAGAAAAUGCAACAAAUAAUUAAUGUGAAUCGGACAGAAGUGAAUUUUUCUCAUUCACUUUGAAAGAAGGCGGCGGCUCUGUAGUUGUUUGUUUUUUUACAGUGCUGCAACAGAAUAUCACUGCCAGAUUCUCAUCAAAAUGAACAAUAUUGUUUGCUUUGACAGUGCCUGUGAGGAGAAUUAUUUGCUUGGUAUGAUGCUGACUUGUAAUAGUUGAUGGAUGUUUGUUAUUGGGUUUUUUAUGCAUUAUAUCAAAGAUGGACCAAACUAGCUGGUUGUACAUUUGAAGGUGCUUUACUGCAAUGUCAAAGCAACAAAAAUGGCAAUUAAAAUGCGAGAUAUU